GUGUACCGCUAGCCGGUUCCUAUAAUAGCACCAUUUGUGAUCAUUUCAAAGACCGACUCAAUGCCUCGAGCCUGCAACAAAUAUGGAUACACGCUUUACCCCUCUCCUUCUAGUAAGUUUGAUUCAUCUGCUUUCACGCAUCUCGGCUCAUGAAUUCCUCUUGCCAGGCACCUCUCUCUCUGUAGAGGAUAGUUCUGACACACUCCAUUCACCAAACGGUGCUUUCACCUGCGGCUUCAACAACAUUUCCCAUAAUGCCUUCGUCUUCUCUAUUUGGUACACCAGCACAGCUGAAAAGACUGUCAUCUGGAGCGCAAAUCACCUCCACCCUGUGUACUCGUGGGGAUCUGAAGUCAUGUUAGAUACAGAUGGCAGAUUGGCUGUAAAAGAUUAUAAUGGCCAGCCCGUGUGGGAGAACCAUGUGAACUCUUCAUCAAGUGCCGAAAAAGCUCAGUUGUUGGACACAGGAAACCUCAUCGUGAAGGGCCAAGGUGAUAUCAUUCUAUGGCAAAGCUUUGAUUCUCCUACUGAUACGUUGUUACCCAAUCAGAACAUUACUGCUACUACAAAGUUGAUAUCUGCUAAUAGGUUACUUGUUCGUGGAAACUACAGCUUCCGUUUCGAUGAUGAGCAUUUGCUUACACUGUUUCAUGAUCGCAAGGAUAUCUCUUUUAUCUAUUGGCCGGAUCCUAAUACAAAUAUAUGGGCAAAACAAAGAAACUCAUUUCAGACCACCACAAUUGGGGUCCUUGAUAGUUGGGGGUAUUUCCUUGGAAGUGAUAAUUUAACUUUUAAUGCUACUGACUGGGGUGUCGGAGUUAUGAGGAGGCUAAGAUUGGAUUAUGAUGGCAACCUUAGAUUAUACAGUCUAAAUAAGCCAGAUGGAAGAUGGUCGGUCACAUGGAUGGCAUUUCUUCGGACCUGUUCUGUACGUGGUUUGUGUGGUAUGAAUGGAAUAUGUCUGUAUACACCUAGGCCUUCUUGUGCAUGUGCCCCUGGACAUGAGAUCAUCGACCAAAGUGACCGGAGCAAAGGUUGCAGGCCGAAAUUCAACCUCAGUUGUGAUGAACAGGAAAUCAAAUUUGUGAAGCUACCGAGCACUGACUUUAGAGGAUAUGAUCAAAGUAAGUACCCUGUAGUUUCCCUCCGUGCUUGCAAGAAAAUAUGCUGGAAGGACUGCAAUUGCAAAGGUUUCUUUUACUUGAAUGGAGACGGAAGCUGCUAUCCAAAGUCGUUCCUUGGUGGUGGUGUAACUAGCCCGCAGUUAGCUGGUUCUAUCUAUCUCAAGCUUCCAAAGGCAUUACAGGUCUUAAGGUCCUCAAUUCCUCACUCGCAACCUUUUGGUCCUAAAUAUGUUCCUAAAUGUGAUGAAAAGAACAAAAUUUUCACUGUAGAUUUUCUGGAUGAAUCUAAGAGUAUUCAGAGUGGACCACAAUACUUGUACUUCUAUGGAUUCCUAUCAGUGAUAUUUUGUGUGGAGGUAAUAUUUGUGGCACUAGGAUACUGGUUUAUUUUGAGAAGGGAGGGCAAGCAGUUAACAGGAGUAUGGCCAGCUGAGGUUGGCUAUGAAAUGAUAACAAACCAUUUUCGCAGAUACACUUACACGGAGUUGCAGAAAGCUACACGACAGUUCAAGGAUCAGAUUGGGAGAGGGGCAUCUGGUUUUGUAUACAAGGGGGUCUUGAAAGACAAGAGGGCAGUGGCGGUGAAAAGGCUGGCAGAUAUAAAACAAGGUGAAGAAGAAUUCCAACAAGAACUGAGUGUGAUUGGAAGGAUUUACCAUAUGAAUCUGGUGAGAGUUUGGGGAUUCUGUACUGAUGGUCCACACAGGAUAUUGGUUUUAGAGUACGUUGAGAAUGGCUCGUUGGAUAAAACUCUAUUCAGUAGCAAGGGCUCACAUAUCUUACUUGAAUGGAACAAAAGAUUUAAGAUUGCUCUAGGGGUUGCAAAAGGAUUGUCCUAUCUUCAUCACGAGUGCCUGGAGUGGGUUAUCCACUGUGACCUGAAGCCUGAGAACAUUUUGUUGGAUGAGAAAUUGGAGCCAAAGAUCACCGAUUUUGGCCUUGCAAAACUUCUGAAUAGAGGUGGAUCCAAUAAAAGUGUGUCGCGGAUCCAUGGAACUAGAGGUUAUCUAGCUCCUGAGUGGGUCUCUAGUGCCCCAAUAACAGCAAAGGUUGACGUCUACAGCUUCGGAGUGGUUCUCCUGGAACUACUGAAGGGGGCUCGUGUUUCAGAAUGGGCAUCAGAUGCUGAUGAGGACGUGGAAAUGGUCCUCGGAAGGGUUAUUAGGAUGCUUGCAGAAAAUCUGAUGCUGGAUGGCGGCGAACAGUUAUGGAUCGCUGACUUCAUUGAUUCCAGGUUGGACAGACAGUUCGAUAAGGUGCAAGCAAGAACAAUGGUCACUCUGGCUGUUUCAUGCGUAGAAGAAGAUAGUAGGAAAAGGCCCACCAUGGAAAAUGUUGUCCAGAUGCUUCUUUCGGUUGAUGAGGCCAGUGGCAUUGUUCAGCAGUAUUCUACCAGCUAAAAAAGAGUUUGAUGUUUGGUAUAGUGCGCAGAAUCUAUGCAUAUUCUUGGAUCCAAAACAAGAUACAUAUGAUGUGUAUCUAUGUAAAUCAAGAACUGCAUGAACCUCUUGUAUACCAAUAUUUGUGCAAAACAUAUGCUGUACAUAUUGUAAGAAUUUGUGAUUUACCAUUAAUGCAAGAUAUGUUGACGGUGUGGCUUUUUUUCC